AUGGCAAUGCCUGAGAUGCUGGAAUGGACAAGAAGAAUUGGUUACAAGGCUUCAGAUUUCAACAAAUUGAACAUAAUCCAUGUCACUGGUACCAAAGGUAAAGGUUCAACAUGUGCAUUUACACAAUCCAUCUUGAUGCAAUACCAAAAAGAGAUCCCAAAGAUUGGUUUAUAUACAUCUCCUCAUUUGAAAUCUGUUCGUGAAAGAAUAAGAAUUAAUGGUCAACCAAUUGCAGAAGAAUUAUUCACUAAGUAUUUUUUCGAAGUUUGGGAUAGUUUAUCAUCAUCACAAUCAAAUGAAACAGAAUUCCCACAUAUGGGAUCAGAUAUCAAACCAAUGUAUUUCAAGUAUUUGACUCUGUUAUCGUUCCAUGUAUUCAUGAAAGAAGGCGUUAAUACUGCCAUCUAUGAAGUUGGUGUUGGUGGUGAAUUUGAUUCAACAAAUAUAAUCGAACAGCCAACAGCUGCUGGUGUUUCAGCUUUAGGUAUUGAUCAUACUUUCAUGUUAGGUAACACAAUCACUGAAAUUGCAUGGAAUAAAGGUGGUAUCUUCAAAAAAGGUGCUAAAGCAUUCAGUGUCUCCCAAGAAGCUGAUGCUAUGAAAGUCCUGGAGGAAAGAGCCACCGAAAGAAAUACAGAAUUAACUGUUGUUGAUGAAGAUGCUGUUAAUGGUUACAAAAUUGGUAUUCCAGGUACUUUCCAAAGACAAAAUGCUGCAUUGGCCGUCGCAUUGUCAACUGAACAUUUGAAAAAAUUGAAUAUUGAAGUUGAUGACUCAAAAACUUCAAAAGGUUUGGAAACAACAUUUUGGCCAGGUAGAUGUCAAAUCAUCAAGGAAGAUAAAAUUAAUUGGUACAUUGAUGGUGCUCAUACAAAAGAAAGUGUUGACGCUUCAAGUGGCUGGUUCAAGAGCGUUACAGAUCCAAAGAGAAAAAGAGUUUUGUUAUUCAAUCAACAAACUAGGGAUGCUAAUGCGUUAGUAACCCGUUUAUUUGAUGGUGUUUCACCAUUGAAGUUUGAUGAAGUCAUUUUCACUACAAAUGUUACAUGGUCUUCAGGUAAAUAUUCAGCAGAUUUAGUCUCAAUGAAUACUUCUAAAGAUGCAGUUGAUAAAUUAGAAGUUCAAAAGGAAUUGGCUGAUGAAUGGGCUAAAUUAGAUCCAAAGUCCAACAGAAAUGUAUUCCAUGAUAUUGAGUCAAGUAUCAAAUAUAUAAGAUCAUUAGAGGACCAAAAUUUGGAUGUCUUUGUAUGUGGUUCUUUACAUCUUGUUGGUGGAUUUUUGGUUGUUUUAGAAGGGGAAGAUGCCUAG